AGCCGUUCGUCCCCAUUCCGGUCAAGUGGCCCUCAGUUGUCCAGAUGUCGCGACAAGGUCAGCCCUUCCUGUCCUUGCUCGUGCCUGCAGAAAACAGUGGCUGUCAAAAGAAGAAAAGCAGUUAAUUUCUGGCCUCUUGUGAUCCAUGGCUGAGAUUGAAGAAAAAAAAGGAAGAAACAGUGAUGAUGGUUUGAUGGCGUCAGAUGACUUUGAAGCUGGAUGGAGGAUUUUAGAGGACCUGACCAGCAAUGCUGCUCUAAUACAACAACAGGUAUUGGAGGAAAUAAUUACCCGGAAUGCAAAUACAGAAUAUCUCAGGAGCUUCCUCAAUGGCAAGUUUGAUAAGGAACUAUUCAAGAAGAAAGUUCCAGUGGUGGAUUAUGAAGAUAUUAAGCCUUACAUGGAGCGAAUUGCCAGUGGAGAGCCACCAGAGAUACUUUUAGACUCACCCGUUCCAGAGCUUCUUAUAAGCUCUGGUACUUCUGGAGGGAAGCCAAAAAUGGUGCCCUCAAGCACUGAAUACCUAGACAAAAAGCUGUUUGGUCAAAGCUUGCGUGCAUCUGUCAUGAUGAAGCGUAUAAAUGGUUUGAACCAAGGAAAAUGGAUGUUCCUUCAAUUCAUGAAACCGGAGACUAAAACCUCAUCAGGUCUGGUGGCAAGAUCAUACAUAACAAGCUUGGCCAAGCAUAUUCAACAGAGGAAAAUUAAGAAUGAUCUCUACUCUAGUCCUUGUGAAACAAUACUAUGUUCUGACAUCAAGCAGAGCAUGUAUUCUCAAUUGCUCUGUGGCUUAGUUGAACGAGAUGAGGUUGUCAUUGUUGGAGCACCCUUCGCAUCUACUUUCCUUAACAUUAUCAGUUUCCUGGAAGAUCACUGGAAAGAGCUGUGCUUGGACAUAAGAACAGGCCAUGCUAGUGAUUUAAUCACUGACCCAAGUUGCAGAAAUUCUGUCUCAGUCAUCCUUAGCAAGCCUGAUCCAAAAUUGGCUGAUUCUAUAGAACAGGCAUGCAGUGCCAGCAGUGGUAAAUCAUGGGAAGGUAUAGUAAGAAAACUCUGGCCUAGAACAAAGGGCCUCCUUACAAUAGUCACUGGUUCCAUGGCCCAAUAUAUUCCAACACUCCAAUACUACAGUGGUGGUCUCCCCUUACUUUCCACAGUGUAUGCUUCUACUGAAUGUUUCUUUGGGCUCAAUUUAAAUCCUUUAUGUCAGCCAUCUGAUAUCUCCUACACUCUACUCCCAAAUAUGGCUUACUUUGAGUUUCUACCUGUGAAUUCAAAGGACAGUGAUGUUUUUGAUGAGGAUUCCACAAUAAAGGAGAAUAUUGUUGAACUUGUAGAUGUAAAGGUUGGUCAAUGUUAUGAAGUUGUCACCACAACAAAUGCAGGUCUAUAUAGAUACAGAGUUGGGGAUAUUCUCAAGAUAAUUGGUUUCUACAACAAUGCUCCCCAAGUACAGAUCGUGGGGCGGCGAAAUGUAGUUUUAAGUCUAGGCCCUGACAAAACAACAGAGGAAGACCUUUCAAAGGCAGUGACAAAAGCACAGCUCCACCUUGAGCCAUUUGGUUUCCUCCUGGUAGAUUAUACUAGCUAUGCUGACACUACUUCAACACCGGGUCAUUAUGUACUGUUUUGGGAGCUUAAGAAGAAGGAAGGUUCUUGUGGUGUUGAAGAGCUUGAUUCAAAGUUGAUGGAUCAAUGCUGCUGUAUAUUGGAAGAAUACUUGGAUGAUAUCUAUAAAAUGUACAGACAUGAGAAUGCCAUUGCACCUUUGGAGAUUAGGGUAUUAGAAGGAAGAACAUUUGACACAUUGAUGGAGUUCUUCAUAGCAAAAGGAUCCUCGCUUAGCCAAUACAAGACACCAAGGUGCAUCAAGUCUGAGGAAGCACUGGGGUUGCUGAAAUCUAGAGUGGUUGGAAGGUUUUUCAGUCAUAAAACUUCAUUCUGAGAGCACUUCAUGAUGAAGUAUCGGAAGAAAUCCUAAGAAAUGUGAUUGACGCAUGGGAGUAAACGCUUUCGUUUUCAAGAUUAAUUCUGUUUCUUGUUAUCUUCUUUAAAUAAAAGAUUUCAGUUGUCAUGGAAUGGAAAAGCUUGCCUAUUUCCAAAAAUGAAAAAAAGGUUUCAGCUGGUGUUUAAUUUUAUUCUUUUCCUCUGUGUAUGACACAAUACUGGAAAUUUUUUCCCCUACUAACUACUGUAAUGUUUCAAUUUCUGCUAGAACAGCCCGUCCCAUGUACCAUCCUAGACAGGCAUUCAGAACUAUUCAACUAACUGUCACCUGUUGAUUGCAGCCAUGACAGUAAGGCUUCAUAUAUAUGUUCAGCAAGCUUUUGAAGUUAACACCACGGUGAAUAGCUAACGCAAUGAAGCAAUGCUAUUUUAGCUUAGUUAUUAUUCGAAUGUAAUUUAGGUAAUAUGCUAUUGGUUUCAAAGUUCAGUUUGAAUUAAUAUGCUGUCCUUUUUUUGUUGUUUACUAAUGUGUUAGAUCGUUAGACAAAUACAAGUAGACAUGGCAACACAAAAAGUAGAGGUCAACUCUUUAACUUUCUCAUUGUAACUUUUUGCUAUGUACAAAUAUUCGAAUUAAUCAAAACACAUAGUAGUU